AUGUCUUCUUCUUCUUGCUACGCCCGCUACAGCGGCACUUUUGCUACGCCCUACGAGGAGCCGUCCAAACGGACGCCGCCCAGCAUGUGCGACGGGCCAUUGACCGCAAUGGCCGAGCUGUGCACGCUGAAAACGGCAUGGAGACUGCUCAAGGUGACGCCGCUGCUGCCCUCGCUGCCUUACGACUACACAGAGCAGCGGGCCUAUAGGCCGCGGCUCAAGACGCUAAAGUUCACGGCCCAGCCACCAGAACCACCAGAAACUCACCUGUCAUACGCCAAAAUAUUUUAUUCCAGCUUUUAUCAAAAAAGGACCAACUCGAGAAUCCUCAACUCCCUCGCCCUGCUGCGCAAAAUCGACCCUGCGCGCCACACCGAGCUCCGCCUCGUGGAGGACCACGUGCAGGCGCUCGAGUUCGGCACGCCGCCGCCCAGAAACGCCGCAGAAACCGCGAAACAAACGGCCAGACUGAUCAACAGCCUGCGGCUGCUCAACCUCGAAAACACGCUCGAGAAGAACUACGGCCGCGACACCGAGCCGUGUCUCAUGGUGCAGGACCCGGACAUUUGCAACGAGAUCUGGACAGAGCUCAACUUCCUGCGCACAAGCCUCGAGCCGAUCUUGGACAGUCUCCUGUGUACUUCAGAUAUCCCCUCGUCGGCCAGUGUAGAAAGUUUAUAUGGACAUUAA